GGACUGUGGGAUUUGUAGUUCUUCUUGCAUCAUUUCGGCUUCAUGAACUACAUUUCCCAAAAUGCAAAUAUAGCCGUUCUGUCCCUGUUGGGCGUAAAGUGUCCCUUAAGCUGUGGAAGCAUGAGGAUGAGCUUUGGGUUAACUUUCAAAAGGACAACAAAAGUUCGCUGGAGGGCAGACUUCAGCCAGCAGUGCUCACUCGGAUCCACUGGAUUAUUUGUGCCACCAAGUCCUCCUCUGGACCCUGAGAAGGUCAAAGAGCUACAACGCUUCAUCACCCUUUCCAAGAGACUCCUAGUAAUGACUGGGGCAGGAAUCUCCACCGAGUCAGGGAUCCCAGACUACAGGUCAGAAAAGGUGGGACUUUAUGCCCGCACAGACCGGAGGCCUAUCCAGCAUGGGGAUUUUGUACGGAGCGCUCCCGUCCGCCAGCGGUACUGGGCUAGAAACUUUGUGGGCUGGCCUCAGUUCUCCUCCCACCAGCCUAACCCUGCACAUUGGGCUCUGAGCAACUGGGAGAGACUGGGAAAGCUGCACUGGUUGGUGACCCAAAACGUGGAUGCCUUGCAUACCAAGGCGGGGAGUCAGCGCCUAACAGAACUGCACGGAUGCAUGCACAGGGUCCUCUGCUUGGACUGUGGGGAGCAGACUCCCCGAGGGGCGCUGCAGGAGCGGUUCCAAGUCCUCAACCCCACCUGGAGUGCCGAGGCCCACGGCCUGGCUCCCGACGGCGAUGUCUUUCUCACCGAGGAGGAGGUACAGAGCUUCCGGGUCCCGUCCUGCUCUCAAUGUGGGGGCCCCCUGAAACCAGAUGUUGUCUUCUUCGGAGACACAGUGAAGCUUGACAUGGUUGAUUUUGUGCACAAGAGGGUGAAAGAAGCCGACUCCCUCCUGGUGGUGGGAUCUUCCUUGCAGGUGUACUCGGGUUACAGGUUCAUCCUCACUGCCCGGGAGAAGAAGCUGCCCAUCGCGAUACUGAAUAUUGGGCCCACGCGGUCCGAUGACUUGGCAUCUCUGAAACUGGAUUCUCGUUGUGGAGAGUUGCUGCCUUUAAUAGACCCACGCUGACCACAGCCUGAUGUUCUGGAGCUGGAAACUGGGGCUUUCACUUGAAUUCUGCUGCUAAGGAUCCCUAAGGAUUCAUCCCGACUUCCUCCAUCUGAUUGAGGCUUACCAACUGUAGUCUGCAGAGGGCGGCAAAGCAACAUCUCUCUGCAGGACCAUCUCUGAACCCAGCAGGUUUCAGAGCUCAGGAGUUAAAAUCUUCAGGUUGAUGAGAUUUGCCCCAUAAGAUGGACUUGCAGCUUCUUUUGAUAGGAAAACUGCUUUUUAAAAAUCUCAUUAGGCAGAAGAGCCCAGGAAAUAUGUAAACCAGAAUGACCUCCGGAGUGCUAACCUAGGGAUCUCACUAAUAUCCUGAGUAAGUGGGGGAAGGAAAUGACUUAAUUUAUAAUUCUAAAUGGUUAAAUAUAUUUAACUCAAUCA